AUGGUGACAGUAACUUAUGCGAACCUCAAGGCCAGUUUGGGCUCGCUCGUUGUUGGGAGCUUGGCCGCAACUGCACUGUCCGGUGUCGUAUUGAUGCAGGGCGUCCUUUACUUCCGGAUGUUCGAGAAGGAUCACCGAGCACUGAAGGCCAUAGUCGUGAGCAUCGUCUUGCUGGACAUCUUGCAUACGGCUAUGCUCUGGACGGCGGACUGGAUGUAUCUGGUCGCGGGGUUCGGUAAUAUGAACAUCACAGAUCAUUGUUUCUGGUCAGCAGGGGUCAGCAUAGCAUUGACGGCGUUGACGACUGUUAUUGUACAUUUGUUCUUCACAUACAGACUUUUUAGGCUCAGCAAGGGCAACUAUUUCAUCACUGUGCCUAUGGCCAUCAUCGCUCUCUGUCGAGUUGGCUCUGCCUUCACCACGGCUGGUGAGCUGAUUCGACUAGAAAGCUACUCAGAGUUCUACGCCCACUAUCGCUGGUUGUUCACGCUCGGCUUGGUCUUGUCGACCGCGCUGGACGUGAUAAUCACGUUCGGUCUGUGUAUAUUCCUGAGGAAAAGUCGUAGCAGUGGGACUGGAAGCUCUGGACGGCUUGACCAUAUCCUCAACUCCAUGACAUUGUACACCAUUGAGACCGGCAUGGUCACAUGUAUUGCUACCGCUAUCUCGCUCAUCUUCUGGCUUGCUAAACCUCACGCACUCAUCUACCUCGGUCUCCACUUCGUGAUUAGCAAGUGCUACGCAAACUCCUUCCUCGCCUCCGUGAACGCACGGAAGUUGUUGAGAGCUCAACACGUGUCUCGCACAACGUCUGGCUCCGGCGGACUCCCCCCUGUCUUCACCAACCGGUUUAUCAGACGGUCUGAGCUUCAGCCGGACACGGUGGACCUCACGGGAUCGAAGCUGCAAAUCACCAUUGACAAGACAGUUGAUUAUUCCAGCGACGACAUCCCGAUGUCCCCGGCAAGAUCACAUCAAGGGUCAAACACCGCCGCCGUUACCCCCAUGGAAGAGGUCAAAGUCAAAGUAUGA